AUGCAUCUGUGGGGAGGUGGGGGGAAUAAAAAACAGGAUAAAAGGCAACGGCAGCAAUCCAAUUCCCCUGAGGAGCAGGGCUCCAAAAAGAGGACUAAUUUGGAAGACGACUUCAUCAUGGACGUUAACAAAAUUAUGGAGAAAAUGGACGCACAGCACAAGGAAGUUUUGACAAAGCACACUGAAGUAUUUGAUCGACUUAAUAAAAUCGAAGGAAAAUGCGACAUUAAUUCGCAAAAGGCUUUUGCAGCAAUCGAAGAGCUAAAACGGGAGAAAUCCAUUGUUUUUUAUGGUUUUCCUGAAACUGGGACUGAGACACUCGAGACUCAAAUUGCGGAAGUGGAGAAACUGCUACAAAAAAUGGGAUUAAAUAACCCGAUUAUCGACGAUAUCUUUCGAAUGGGGAAGAAAACCCCGACAGAAAUUCAUCUUGCAAAGUGGGAAGAAGAAGCUUGGCAAAGGGGACCCGAUAGUGGAAAGAGACAAAACACAAGCGGAGAGAGCGGUCGAGAAAAAAUUCAUGGAAAAAUUCAAGGAAUUAAGGGCAGCGGACAAGGACAUACGGAUGGAUAUCUACAAAGGAAAGAUGACGAUAAAGAAGAACAAAACAAUCAUCAAAACCUUCACCUACGAUUCUACGAUGGAUACAAUUCAACAACAGUGACCUGGACGGCUCAUGGAACUUAUAACUCAUACCGAAUAAUGAAAAAGGAAGAAGUACCGCUCGAAUGGACUGAAUCAGUUACUUGCAUGAUAUUUAAAGAAGGGGAUGAAUCAAAUCCAGCGAACUACCGUCCCAUUUCCUUGCUCAAUACUAUGCUAAAGUUGUUUACACAAGUACUGUAUGGGAGACUAGUUAUUUGGGCAGAGAAGAACAAGUUAAUUCCUGAAUGCCAAGGAGGUUUUAGAAGUGGGCGAAGUUGCGAAGAUCAAAUUCUAUGCCUGCAGACAGCAAUACAUGCUAAAUUAAAGCAGGAGAAGGGAAAUGCACUUUUCGUAGACUUUGAGCGAUGUUUUAACACACUGCCUCACAAUAAAAUGUGGAACAAACUGUUCUCACUAGGAAUGUCUGGAAAAAUCAUUCGCAUAUUAAAAAGCUUAUAUGAAAAUGCAUCUACUAGAGUGAGAAUGGAACAUGGACUCACGCAACCCAUUGAUAUAACAGAGGGGGUCAUGCAAGGAGAAAUUGUAUCCCCUUUUCUAUAUAGUUUGUAUGUCUCCGAAAUGGAAAAAUUGCUCAUUAAUUCUAAUAUUCCUGGAGUUAAAAUCGAACGUGAUUUUUUCUUGCACUUAUUAUGUUACGCUGAUGACACCGUAGUGCUUGCUUCUACCCCCAUAAAUCUGCAACACAAAAUAAACAUCUUGAAGGAAUACUUCGAGGAGCUGGGACUAAAGGUUAACUUAAGCAAGACAAAGAUAAUGGUAUUAGGUAAGGUAAGGUAUAAGGUAAGGUAUUAUAAAUAGAUGCGUUCCUAGAUAUGUUGCUCGUUUAGAGUUCCCCAUAUGAAGAUGCACAUAAUCAAGCAAUGCCUGCACUAUAUGAUGAGGAUUUGUAAUAUGGAAGAGCAUCGCUAUACUAAGAGAUGCUUUAUUGCUUUACAUAAGGAGGUGAGGAGCGGAGAGUAUGGCCCACUGAACUGGGUUGGACAAGUAAAUAAGCUACUGGAAGAAAUGGGUUAUGGAAACUUUAUGCACUCUUUAGAUGCAUCUCUGAUCCCAGCAAUGCUGGAGCGAGUCAUUGAUAUUUCGCGUCAAGAGGACAUAAGUAAAGUGAACUGUUCCACAAGAUACAGCCACUACAAAGAACUCAUUAACUUGACACCAGGUCCAGCCCCUUAUCUUGAGUUCAAUUUGCCUUUUAAAAAAUUGACUCUAAUAGCACAAGCGAGACUAAAUUUAACAUCCUUCUACCAUGAGAAAUAUGUUCAUAAACUAAAUGUUGAUGAAAUCUGCAAUAUAUGUAACUGCAAGGAAGAGGAAUCUAUCUUUCAUGUGCUAUGGAACUGUAGGGUUUACGGUGGUAGUAGAAUGUGGAUACGAGAAC